UUGCCGCAGAUAGGAGGUCGGCCAUUGGUUGUUUGUCAAAGAGAAGGAAAACUUUUUGCACCUCAACUGGAUACGGUAUGGACAUGAAAAGUCAAAGAAACCUUUAAUCGACGAUAUUUUGUCAAUCAAACCAUGGUUUUACGGAUACGACAAAUCUCAGAACGCUAACUCAAGUCGACAAACAUGAAGAAGGGAGCAAUGCAGAAGAGCAGGCAGUGGAACGUGAAGGGAGCCUUGCGAAUGGCUGGCAUCUUUCACUUCCUCCAUUCCUGUGGCUCCGGUUGCCUACUUCCCUUCCUGACGCUCUACUUCCGGCACCUGGGUCUCAACGCCGCCAUGAUCGGAAUCAUCAUGGCGUCCAAGCACCUGCUCGCCCUGGCGUGGCGGCCGUUCUCCAGCGUCCUCGCCAGGCAGUACGACAAACGGCGGACGGUCAUAGUGGGCUCAUUGCUCAGCUCGGCACUGGUGGUUUUUACUCUUCUGCUCUUCCCGUCCGCAGGAAUCCAAGCUGAAAGCGGACGGUGUAACGCUAGUCAAUCCGAUGCUGAUCCUACCGCGCUUCUAGCCACGCUAGAGCAGAUGACGACAUCGCAAUCAAACGCUACUGUUUAUUCAGUGAAUCAAACUUCUUUAAGUACUGAACAACCUGUCGAAGUUAACACAUUUGUAAGUCAGAACUGGUCAGCAAGAGGAUUGAGAUCUUUGAAAAAGGAAGAAGGUCUUCAUUCUGAGUUCCUGGGGAGCCUGAAAGCUAUGGAUGCCCAACACCAGAUGUUCUUUCUGGUUCUCAUAGUGAUGGUUUUGUGGGAGUGCAUGGCCGCCCCGUUGGAAUGGACGGCAGAUGAUGGACUGUAUGAAUACUUGGAUUUCGUAGAUGCCACCGACCGCUAUAGUGGCGUGAAGGUCUGGAAGCAACUUGGGGCCGCUUUUGGCAACUGUGCAGUUGGUGUUCUAGUAACCAGCCUGUUUUGUCUUACAGGAACUUCAGUGGAGUUUUAUUCCUACACCGUACUCAUGAUCCUAACCAUACCUACUGCCGCCCUACUACCAAUCUACCUCCGAAAGCGUGAGCGCCUCACUAGUGGCGGCUUUAAGGCACUGCAAUUGGUGCAUGGGAACUCACAGGCGAUACUUUGUGCCAUCACUGUCGUUUUGAUGGGCAUGGUGACCUCAGCUGUGUCGGAUUUCCUCCUCUGGCAGAUGCAGGACUGCGGUGCAAGGGAAAUCCACAUGGGAAUCUCUUUAGCCCUGGUGCACCUAAGCCAGGCUGCCUUUGCUCCACUUUCUGGGCAUCUCUCCCGCUUUCUUAAGUACCACGGUUGGUUACUAGUACUCGCCGUCGUCAUUUUAGCCCUGCAAUGCCUUUAUUAUUCCUUCUUGUGGAGCCCGUGGGCCGUAAUACCCGCUCAACUGAUGGCAGGAUUCAGCACCGGCGCCCUCUGGUGGUCCGUAACAUCACAAAGCGAAGACAUCGCCACUCCAGGCACCGAAAAGACCAUUUUAAGGCUGUUUGAGGCACUUUCUCUGGAGCUGGGAGCUGCAUUUGGCAGUCUGACGGCCGGGUUCGUUGUGCAAAAGUUUGGGGUCAUGUUGCUUUUCCAAGGUGCGGGGGUCGUUUUGGCUUUGUGGAGUAGCGCUCUUGCUGUACUCAAGUGGAAGAUUCCUCGGCAGCGGCGGAUAAACUACUCACGGCUGCUGGCCGCCGACACCGAGAUCAGUGAGUCCGAGUCGGACCAGGAGAAAGAUUGGCUGGAGACAGCAAUGGAAGAUGACAGAGGGAAAAUAAGUGGACAAUGGAAAGUAAAGUAAAGAGUGACUUGUUAACAUCUACAGAGAGCAAUUUAAAAGAACUGAGAGUAAAAUGACACUAAAAUUGUUCAUUAAACUGUAAAAA